CCCCAUUAAUGAUGAUUUUGAAUUACUUUGUCAUCUUCAAUUACUGAUAUUACCCACGUCGUCUUGUUCUGAUUUCAAUACCCAAAUUUUUGCAGAACCCUGUUCUCAUCUCAAAAUCCCAAUUCGGCCGGAGACCCAAGAAUUUGCCUCCACGGUAGCGGUCGCCGUCGACCAAACCAUCUGGCUCUCCACGAGUCGCAUAUGAUGAUCAAGGUAUCAAGACAUAUGAUGAGGAAUAUGUAUUACGCAGUUGCACGCGGAGGAGGCCUCGAGCCUUGCUAUUUCUCAAGUCCUCGUCGUCAUUUCACCUCUUCAAUCAAUAAGCCGGUUUUAGGAAACUUUCCAGAGUUUGUAAAGAUUGUAGAAGUGGGUCCGAGAGAUGGACUCCAGAAUGAGAAGCAGAUUGUUCCUACUGACGUCAAGGUCAGGUUGAUACAAAUGCUGGUUUCCUCCGGCCUCACUGUUGUUGAGGCUACCAGUUUUGUCUCUCCCAAAUGGGUUCCGCAGCUGGCAGAUGCAAAGGAUGUAAUGGAGGCGAUUCGGAAUGUGGGAGGUGCUAGAUUUCCCGUUUUAACCCCUAAUCUCAAAGGUUUCGAGGCUGCUGUCGCUGCUGGUGCAAAGGAAGUUGCCAUCUUUGCUUCAGCUUCUGAGUCUUUUUCAAAAUCAAAUAUAAACUGCAGUAUUGAAGACAGUCUCAGACGUUACCGUGAUGUUGCUAGUGCCGCUAGAAAGCUUUCUAUUCCUGUUCGUGGAUAUAUAUCAUGUGUUGUCGGCUGUCCAACAGAAGGAGCUGUACCCCCAUCUCAAGUAGCAUAUGUGGCCAAAGAACUGUAUGAUAUGGGUUGCUUUGACAUUUCUCUUGGUGAUACAAUUGGUGUUGGUACUCCAGGUACCGUCAUUCCAAUGCUUGAAGAGGUGAUUGAUGUGGUCCCCACUGAAAACCUUGCUGUCCAUUUCCAUGACACUUAUGGCCAAGCUCUUUCAAACAUACUAGUAUCUCUUCAGAUGGGCAUCAGCACAGUGGAUUCAUCAGUUUCUGGUCUUGGGGGUUGUCCGUAUGCUAAAGGUGCUUCUGGCAAUGUUGCCACUGAGGAUGUUGUGUACAUGCUUAAUGGACUUGGAGUGAAGACCAACAUAGAUCUUCAAAAGCUCAUGUUGGCUGGGGACUUUAUCUGCAAGCACUUGGGGCGCUCACCUGGUUCAAAGACAGCUGUUGCCUUGAGUAAAGUCCCUGCUCAUACCUCUAAGCUAUAAGGUUCCAGCACUAUAUAUUUUAAGUCUCCAUAUCCUGUUAGUGUAUUGCGAUCUGGCAUAGAGCUCCAAUUUGUCAGAAAUGAUUAGCUAAUUUGUCGACCAAAUAACUGUGUUAGGCGCACUGGCUGCAGUCUAUAGGGGUGAUAAGUUCAAGGUGUUCAGGUAAUGUCCACCAAAUGUACAUUGGUGCUAAAGAGUGACGUGUAUCAAAUCUGAAAAUCGAAUAGGGGAUCCCAGGACUCAUGUGAAACUAUUAGGAAGGAUGCUGUAAGGUUGAACAAUGAAAGUCAGAAGAUUUCCCUUUUUCUCAGGGAUUUAUCUAA